AGUUCUAUAAAUCAAGAUCAUGUCGACCAAAUUGGGUACCCUCUGGGUUAUAACCCUCCUCCUCUCCUACUCGCUAAACUUCGCCACUGCCCGGCCAGAGCCCACAUUUUCCGACAUCACUCCAAUGAAAACUCAACAUAGAGAUGAUCAGCUAGAGAAGGUUAUGGAGGAGAGAUGUGAAGGAGCUGGGCAAGAAGAUUGCCUGGAGAGAAGAACACUUGCUGCUCACAUCGAUUACAUCUACACCCAGAAGAAUAAGCCAUGAGAUUUUGCUCUGUAUUCUUGUAUCAUUUCUGGGUUAUAUUUAUGGAUGUAGCAGUAAUUUCCUAUGUAAAUAACAGCGCUGCCACAGGUUAUGUUUCAGGAUCUUUAGUUAAUCGUCAUUGUAUUAUACCAUCCAUUACCAAGUUUUCUUUUCUUGUAGGAAAGAGUACUUUGUGUUGAUGGAGAGAAUAUUAUGUACAGUUUAUUCAUUAUAUUUCAGUGCAGAGUUUUAUAAA